AUGACUCGAGUUACGAUUGAUGAUUGGAGCGAUGAAGCCAUCCGCCCGCGCAAUGCUGACAGCCAGAUUGGAUGGGCUGGUGUGCCUUUGUCAGAGACCCUAGCUUACUAUGGCGUAAUCCCACGACCGAAACUUCCCACCAACGACCAGCUAGGGUUCACCCCAGACUACGCAUCUGUUGAUGUCAACAAGCUUGUAGACCAGUUCCUCCCAUCAUUUGCAAAAGCAGUGGAGGCGCAAGAUGUGGACUCCAUCCUCGGUCAUAUCUAUGAACACGGCUACUGGAAAGACGUCGAGCUGCUCACCUGGGAUAUAAGGGCACUGGCUGGCCAUGAGAACAUCCGUCCAAUGCUUACAGAGCGUCUCUCAAAGACAGGGAUCAAGAACAUCCGAGCCAGUCCCCAUAUACCCUCAUCUCUGGAGACCUUGGGUGACGAUCUCUCAUUCGUGCUCUUCCACUUCGAGUUUGACUUUGCACAUGGUACCGGAAUUGGUGCUGCCCGACUCAGCCCGUUUACAGCGAAAUCAGGAUCGGCUAGCGAGCUGGCCGAUGUCAAUUCGUGGAAGCUAUAUACUAUUGGUACUGCCAUCGAGACCGUUGAGGGGUGGGAUGCUGAGAAUGGCGACAAAAUCCGGUACCAGAAGGCAAAGAUCCAUGACCCCCUGGGCAAAGCUCGCAACUACCAAGAGCUGAGAGAAGACGAGCGCGAGGGCAGGGAUGGGUUCCAGCCCACCGUUGUCAUUGUUGGAGCCGGUCACACCGGCCUCACUUUGGCCGCUCGCUUCAAAGUCCUAGGCAUACCGCAUCUAGUCAUCGAGAAAGAAGAUUGCGCAGGCUACAGCUGGGGCAGCCGUUAUGGCUCACUCUCUCUGCACGGGCCGACGUUCACAAAUCACUUGCCAUGCGUGCCGUUUCCACAUUGGUUCCCAGUAUUCUUGCCAGCGCAACAGCUAUCGAAAUUCUUACAGCUAUACGCUGAAAUCAUGGAUCUUAAUAUCUGGACCAAGACCCAUAUUGAUGGUAAAGGCGCAGUUUACGACGAGAAGGAAGGAAAAUGGACCAUCUCUGUCACGCGAGGGGACGGCAGCAAGCAUGUGCUUCACCCGAAACAUAUCAUGAUCGCGACGGGCAUAUCAGGAACCCUGCCCAACGUGCCAGAGGUCCCAGGCAUGACUGAAUUUGAGCAGAACGGAGGGUUAAUUGUCCAUUCGUCGCGUCACCAUACAGGGCCUGAUUGGAAGGGCAAGAAGUGCAUUGUGGUGGGCGCCGCAACGUCGGGACAUGACAUCUCGUAUGAGCUGAUAGAGAACGGCUGCGAAGUGACUAUGAUCCAGCGGAGCGCAACACAUGUCAUGUCUGUUGACAGGAGUGUCCGGACCCUCUUUAAGCCUCGCGAGAACACGAACCGCCGUGGUGGGCUUGCGGCUGACCUUAUGGAUCAGUCCAAUUACCUCAAGCAGCCGUUUCCCGUCGAGUACGAGCUGCUCCCCCGGGGGCAGAGAAAGGCUCGCGAGCUCGAUGCUGAGCUCUUACAGUCUCUCCGAGAUGUAGGGUACCGCCUUCACGACGGAUACCACGGCGGCGGUGCUUACUCCAUGUUCAUGUUCGAUCAAGGCGGCUUCUACUGGGACACUGGAUGCUGCAAGCUCAUAGCCGACAAAACGAUUGCGCUCAAGCAUUCCGAGAUUGACCACUUCACCAAGGACGGGGUAGUCUACAAGGACGGCACCAGCCAGCAGGCCGACGUCGUCGUCUUCGCCACGGGCUACAUGAACUCCAAGAGCGCCAUCCAGGCGCUGAUGGGCGACGACAUGGCCAGGAAGUGCAACGAGCGGUGGGAGAAGGGCAACGCCUUCUUCAUCGGGCCCGAGGGCGAGUCCAUCAUCAACUACUGCCCGCUGCCUCAGAAGGGCCUGUAUGCAAUGUUCCACCAGUUCGCGUUCAGUAGGUUCCACUCGGCCCGGCUGGCCCUUCGCAUCAAGGCCGAAGAGCUGGGCAUCGACGUGACGCCAUACGGAAACAAGCCUCUUGGACCCGCUAGCACGGCAGCUGGUCGCCAGCCCCGACAGUAG